AUGACCGGCUCUUUCCAUAUCCCUCCAGAUAGCAAUGCGUCUCGGAUGUACUUGGUGCCCUGUGGGCUGUUGCUGGCGCUGGCAACCGGUCUCUGCACCACACGAAUAUACACCCGUUUCCGCCCUACGUCUCACUUGAAACAGGAUGAUUACUUGAUUGGUAUGGCGCUGAUCCUCUCGAUCGCAAGCUACUUUAUAUGCGCGGCAGCCGCGUCAUACGGUUGGGGCCACCCAAUGUUUCGCAUAUCCCUAAAAAACCAAACCAUUGUCCUGAAAUGUAUGUACGCCUCAUAUAUCAUAUGGGCUGUAGCCGUGGCGUUUGUCCGCAUCUCAGUCGCAUUCUCCCUUCUCCGACUUAACAUCAACAAACCUUGGCGGGGUGUAUUAUGGACCUUGAUUGCCAUCCAGGUCCUUAUUGCAAUGGCCGAUAUCAUUAUACUGCUCUUCAACUGCACUCCUGUGCGGGCGAAUUGGGAAUUCGUGUAUUAUGCCCACUGCUGGGAUCCUAAGAAGACAAAUGUUUUCGGGUUUACAUCCGCUGGUGAGUCCUCGUCCCCUCAUUUCUAUCCUACUAAAUACCCCAAAGACUUACUGAAUAUUCCCAUAUGUACAGUAAUCCUCAUACUAAUGGAUUUAACGUUCGCAAUAAUGCCCAUAAAACUAAUAUGGACCCUAAACCGGCCCUUUAGGGAACGACUCCUAAUUGGUGUCCUUAUGGCCAUGGGUAUACUCACAACAGCCAUCCGCUGCGCUAGGAUGACAACCUACAAGUCCAUGCACACAGGCGACAUCCUCACAAAUUCCGUGCGUAUUUCCUUAUGGGCACAGCUCGAGGGCUUGGUUGGGAUUAUUACGGCGUGCUUGCCCUGUCUUAAAGGCCCCGCUGAGCGCGCUCUACGGAGGGCCGGUGUCCUGUCUUCGGGAUUCCAUUUGUCGAAACCGAGUUUUGUCAUAUCGAAGCGGGAAAGAAACCCCCCUGGGGAGUUGGAGGCACAGCGCUCGCGCGAGGAGGGCGAGGAGGGUGACGAGGAGAGCAUUCAGGAAUGGCCGGCUGAGCCUGGAAGUCAUGCGAGUACACAGUCGGCUGGCACGAAAACUACUGUGAACGAAGCUAUGAACUUGUCCGAGUGUUCGGACAAGGUCUAA